GGUAACUUUUGGCGCAGAAAGGUUGCGCAGCAUCCCGGCCAUGCGUGCCCGAGAAAAGCAAGGCCGUUGUGGGCAUUCGUUCGUUCCGCCACACUUCUGCAUAUUUUGAUUCCUCAACUCAAUUGCACCUGCUAAGACUUUUCAGCGGAGCAGGUUUCUGGACAUUGACCGCAACUUGUGAACGGCCUCUGCCUUUGAACCAUACCAGGCUCUCAAGCGGUCCCUAGAUACUGAAAGGGCGUAUCGCUCGCCCAUUAGCUUGGGCCUCCCUGCGGAAGGGCAGGAUCAAUGGCUGAAGACAAAGCCAGGUCCUCGGGCACGGCGGAAGACGUGCUCGAGCGCGUCAAGAGUCAUGACUUCCUGGUCAAGUGCCUGCGCAAGGCCAAGUUUUCCGCGGACCUGCUGCAGGAUACAGUCGACGCGUGCGAAAUCAACGAUUUGAACGCGCUUGUCCUGGGCUCGGGUCUGCUUAGCGUGUCGGAGGCGUCAGAGCAGUUGUUCUUGAUGACGGACGAGGCGAGCGCGGUGGUCCAGGUGUGCCGCAAGGAGUGCUUGCGCGCUGGGGUCAACUUCGGUGACGGAGCCAAACUGACGGCGGAGGAGCUCGCUGAGGUGGACGAAGAGCCCGAGCCUGUGCCAGCAGCACCAGCGCACACCGGCGCGCACCAACCGGGACGCGCUCACUCUCACACCCGUAUAUCGCCGGGGAAGACACAGUCACCAGCAGCGCUCCUGGCGCAAGCGGGCGCGGCGAGCCAACCAGCUGCUGCUGCUGCACCGGCUGCACCGGCGCCGGCUGCACCAGCGCCGGCUGCAGCGGCUGCGCCAGCGCCCUCUGCGCCGCCCGCUGCACCGGCUGCGUCCACUCCCGCGCCGGCUGCAGCAUCAGCACCGGCGGCCAGCCCUGCCGCGGAGCCCGCUCCGGCGCCUUCUCCAGCACCGCAGCAAGCGACCCCGCCUCCUGCAGCCAGCUCCAGCUCGGCGACGCACGCGGACCACCCGGACCCCAACUUCCUUAUAAAGCCACCGGUCGCGGCAAGCGUCGCGGCGGCAGCGAGCACGCCAGUAGCGGCCACGCCGCACAGCGCACGGCACAGCCACAUCCCCCGCCCGGCUGCCGCAACGCCUGUCACGCCGGCAGCAGGGCACGCCACGCCCCGGGAACGCCCGGCCGCAAAGCCUGCGACGCGCGCUUCGCCCUCAACAACCAUCCCAACACCCAUGGCGGCCGCAGCAGCACCCACGCCGUCCAUGAACGGCAAGCACACGCCUGCGGCAGGUCUGGCGGCUAGCAGCGCCAGCUCGUCCAAACCGCCGCGGCCUGGCUCGGCCCCAUUGACGGCGCGGGGACCGGCGGUGACGCCUUCCUCGGCCGCCGCCAAGGAGCGCCCCGCCUCAGCUAUGCCCACGCAGACGCCGCCCGCGCGGCUGCCUUCUUACGCGAGGGCGACGGCCUCGCACAAGGCGCGCCUGCUUAAGGAGGACACGGACGUGCCGUCGACCUCGUCGCCCCCGCCGCCGGUGACAUUCGCCAGCACUGCCAAGCCGCUGCGGCGAAACUUUUAUUCCAUGCCGCGCCCUUCCAGCGCUACGCCCGAGGAGAAGAAGGAGCCCAAGAAGCCCAUCUUCGACAACAUCCGCAGCAGCUUGCUCCGGCCCACGGCGGCGUUCCUGGCGUGGACAGCGGGCAAGUCCAAGGCGAGCAAGGAGGCCGACCUCAAAGCUAGCCAGACGCUGCAGGCGGAGUCCUCCAAGGCCACCAAGGGCAGCAGCCCUGCGAUGACCAAGUCGAUGCCGGGAGCGGCCUCCAGCCCGGGUGCCGCCGGCGCCAAGGCCGGGACGCCGGAGCCGUUCCGCCUGGCGUCCAUGGAGCGGCACCAGAAGGCGCAGGAGGAGCUCGCGCGCAAGCGGGAGGAGAAGGCGCGCCAGGAGUCCAGCAUCCCGAAGUUCAAGGCAACCCCGGCGCCCAGCGUGGCGACGGGCGGCCCAGCGAGCGCUUCAAAGACGUCGCCGAAGCGGUCCUCCGCGGCGCAGACGGAUGUGUCGUCCACGUUGGCUGCACCGCAGCCAUGAGCAGCUGCCGUGCAGGCAGACCGCGCCGUGGGCCAUUCGAGGUCGUACGAGCGUGAGAUGGCUAUCAAUGGGCAGGCGCCGAAUGCUGUAUGGCGAAUAGGGCACUGCAGUGCGUAACAAGGUCGUCAAGAGGGGAAUGUCAUUCGUCUCAGGUGAAGCUGAAGGUAUGGAGGCACAUGAGCGGGUGCGGGUGCGGAGCAGCGGCUGCGCGAGUAGGUCAUGUCGAGCGCGCGCUCGUACAGACGGUACUGUGUAUUCUCAUGUAGCUUAGGUGAAGCCCCGGCUUUCGAAUGCGGGGAAGCGGCAGGCGAGGGAUGGCGACUACCACUGCGGAGUGAGGAUAGAUGCCGGCAGGUGCGGGCCGCACCGGCCUGCCCGCAUACGGCUUGCCCGGAGGGAUUUGGAUUUUUUCGGAGAAGCGCAUAGGCGCCAUUUGUGUAGCAUGUAGUAUGUGCCACCGGCACGCCGCAUGCCGAUGUACGGUGGAGGCGUGAGGAGGCGUGAGGUGGAGGGCAUGGGAGGUGAAAUGACGCUGCUCAUGCAAUCCCAGCGCGCCUU